AUUUUUUUGUUUGUAUUUUUAUGUAGUAUCAAAAGCCUUAAUAUACAUUAUCUCAUUUAGUCUUCAAUGAGGAAAUGUGCAACAGAGGUCACACAGUUGGGACUGGAAACUAGGAGCUCUGUGGAGGCAGGAGUAAGACCUGGAUGUAGGGUUAGGAGGCCUGGCUCUUGGUUCUGUAUCUUCCAGGUGUGUGAUUUCAGCCAGUUCUUAUCAAUUCUGAAAACGGGUCGCAAUGCUCAGCUUCCUUAGCUACCAGGUUUUGAUUGUAAAUAAAAUCAUGCAUGUAGAAAUGAGAGGGCAGUUAUUGAGGUUGCUGCUUUUGGAAAACGAAUCUUUCAGUGGAUCUUCAAACUGCACACCAAGAAGCAGGGAAGUUUUGAACACUUUCAAUCAGCAACAGACCAAUAAAACCAACAGCCCAAGAGCAGUGAAGGCCAGGUUCAAAGGGACAGAGUGGAGUCGUAAUUAGAGAAAUAAAGUGGAUUUGUUUUUUGUUUCUGCUCUGUGGGAGGCAGCAGAGUGCAGGGGGAAUUUAAAUACACCUGCUCAUUUUUUUUUUUUAUUGAAGACAUUUUGCAAACAUAAAAAAAAAAAACCUUGGAGCACUGGGAAACUUAUAACCUGGCCUGUGGUUUCCAGCUUCCUCCUUCCUCCAGCAUCUUCCCUUUUAUAACACAACUCCCUGUGACACAUGGCUCAGAUUUAGCCCUGGGGAUGCCCCACCCCACCAUGAAACCGCCCGAAGUCCUUUCCGCACGUCGUCUUUUCCUUCUAGUUACACAAAAUCAAGGCUAAGGCUAUCUGCCAUCACCACCUAUCUACCCUCCCUGAAUUCCUGAAGCUCCCUUGACCCUCCCCUUUCUGCAUCACCAAUGAAAUGGGGGUGGAUCUGGCGGAGAUACACACUGUAACCCCGGGUGAUAAGGUACUGAUUCCAACUGCCAGUGAGGCUGAUCUAGGGCAAAGUCCAUGCUCCAGCUGGUAAAGAAGGCUUCAUGACUGAGUCAGCCAGCAUGAAAGCAGAGAACCAGCAGAAAUCCACCAAUGUCAUUUAUCAGGCCCACCACGUGAGCAGGAACAAGAGAGGGCAGGUGGUUGGAACAAGGGGCGGGUUCCGAGGAUGUACCGUGUGGCUGACAGGUCUGUCUGGUGCCGGAAAAACGACGAUAAGCUUCGCCCUGGAGGAGUACCUCGUCGCCCACGCCAUCCCCUGCUACUCCCUCGAUGGGGACAACAUCCGUCACGGCCUGAACAAAAACCUUGGGUUCUCUCCCGGGGACAGAGAAGAAAAUAUCCGCCGGGUUGCUGAGGUGGCCAGGUUGUUUGCGGACGCCGGUCUGGUCUGCAUCACCAGCUUCAUUUCUCCUUUCACGAAGGAUCGUGAAAAUGCCCGCAAAAUCCAUGAAUUGGCAGGACUGCCGUUCUUUGAAAUAUUUGUCGAUGCGCCUCUGAACAUCUGUGAAAGUAGAGACGUGAAGGGCCUCUACAAACGGGCCCGGGCUGGGGAGAUCAAAGGGUUUACAGGCAUUGACUCUGAUUAUGAGAAACCAGAAACUCCAGAGCUUGUGCUUAAAACCAACUUGUCCUCCGUGAGCGACUGUGUCCAACAGGUGGUGGAACUUCUGCAAGAGCAGAACAUUGUACCCCAUACUAUAAUGAAGGGCAUCCAUGAACUCUUUGUGCCAGAAAACAAACUUGAGCAAGUCCGAUCUGAGGCUGAAGCUCUCCCUUCAUUGUCAAUUACUAAGCUAGAUCUUCAAUGGGUCCAAGUUUUGAGUGAAGGCUGGGCCACUCCCCUCAAAGGCUUCAUGCGGGAGAAGGAGUACUUGCAGGUCAUACACUUUGACACCCUGCUUGAUGGCAUGGUCCUUCCUGAUGGAGUCAUCAACAUGAGCAUCCCCAUCGUUCUGCCCGUCUCUGCGGAUGAUAAGACGCGCCUGGAAGGGUGCAGUGAGCUUGUCCUGACCCAUGGCGGACGGAGGGUGGCUAUCUUACGAGACCCUGAAUUCUACGAACAUAGAAAAGAAGAGCGUUGUUCCCGUGUGUGGGGGACGACGUGUGCAAAACAUCCCCACAUCAAAAUGGUAAUGGAAAGUGGAGAUUGGCUGGUUGGUGGAGACCUUCAGGUGCUGGAGAGAAUAAGAUGGAAUGAUGGGUUGGACCAGUACCGCCUGACACCUCUAGAACUCAAACAGAAAUGUAAAGAAAUGAAUGCUGAUGCAGUGUUUGCAUUCCAGUUGCGCAAUCCUGUCCACAAUGGCCAUGCCCUGUUGAUGCAGGACACCCACCGCCGGCUCCUGGAGAGGGGCUACAAGCACCCGGUUCUCCUGCUCCACCCUCUGGGCGGCUGGACCAAGGAUGACGAUGUACCCCUGGACUGGCGAAUGAAGCAGCAUGCAGCUGUGCUGGAGGAAGGAGUCCUGGAUGCCAAGUCAACCAUCGUUGCCAUCUUUCCAUCUCCCAUGUUAUAUGCUGGCCCCACAGAGGUCCAGUGGCACUGCAGGUCCCGGAUGAUUGCGGGGGCCAAUUUCUACAUUGUGGGCCGGGACCCUGCAGGAAUGCCCCACCCUGAGACCAAGAAAGACCUGUAUGAGCCCACCCACGGGGGCAAGGUCCUGAGCAUGGCCCCUGGCCUCACCUCUGUGGAAAUCAUUCCAUUCCGAGUGGCUGCAUACAACAAAACCAAAAAAGCCAUGGACUUCUACGAGCCAGCCAGGCACAACGAGUUUGACUUCAUCUCAGGAACUCGUAUGAGGAAGCUGGCCCGGGAAGGAGAAAAUCCCCCAGAUGGCUUCAUGGCCCCCAAAGCAUGGAAAGUCCUGACAGAUUAUUACAGGUCCCUGGAGAAGAACAACUAAAUGACCUCCAGCUCUAAAGUUUCUUUCUGAAGUGCUCUUUGAUUCCCUUUUCUAUUUUUGUGAUUAGAUGCUUUGUAUCCAAUUGCUUCUCAAUGACUGAUAUUUGGGUUUUAGAAUGAAGUAAAAUUGUGUCUAUAAUUUAAAAUCAACAUCUAUAUCUAUAUGUAGUUAAACUGAGAUAUAUAUAUAUAUAUGGGUUUUUUUUCAAAAUGAAGACCAAAUCUUAGCAGGUGGAAGCAAUAUUAUCAUUUCAGAAUGAAAUUAGUUGUAUUCUCUAUUGCAUCUGAGCAGGUAGGUCCCAGAUUUCUUAAGGCUUUGACCAUGUGUCUAGUAUGCUUGCCAAGAAGUAGAGUAUAUUUUCCAGCUUAAGUCUUGCCAGCCAGUACUCACUCAAUGUCAUAUACCAAUAGUACAAUAAAUCAGAUCAGCAGCCUCUUCUACACCACUGACCAAAAAAGCCUUCUCAGCCUAAAGGAGGUGUGGCUCACAGCACGACUCCUGGCGAUAUUUUGCCUCAUGCCUGUACACAGCCUUACUGCCCAGUCUCUUCUGUGUGCUGAGUCUGACCUGAUGUGAGAAACCACACGUGUGAAAACAUGAAUUUAACCUCAGAUCUGUGCAACCUAGUUCUGCCAUGAGAGUUAUAUUGUCUAAGAGAAGAAAAUGCCUUUCUGUUAAUAAUAUAACUCCAGUUAAAUGUUGACUGUCAAUGAAAAAGCAGAGUGCUUUGAUGAAAAGAUUUGCCCCCAGGACUCAAUCUGGCAGUGUUGUGGAGAGCUGACUUUCCUCCUCUUUGCUGUGGUCUUUGUGUCCUGUGGAGGAGGAAUUGCAGCUCUUACCCACAGCAGCAUCAGCAUGUGCAAAAACAGCUCCCACCAUGAGACUAGUGAGCUGUUGGAACUGAAAAUGAGCCCAGAAAACAUCUAGUCCAACCCAUUCACCUCAGAGGUGACUAAGAUAGUGCACAAGCCCGUGCUUCCUGAGCUGCUGAGCACUCUAACAAAAACACAGAGUUGGAAUUAUUGGCAAGUUCUCGUGGCCCUGAACAAGCAUCCAGGCCAGUUGACUUCUAGUCUGGUGCUCUGCCUGCACUGUACAACAGAGCAGCUGGGUCUGACUCCCCUCAGCUGCUUGAACACAGGACGCUUACAAAAUAGCCUUGGAUGCUGAAAGGUCGUUUUCUAAACCCAGCUGAUUUUUUUGCAGCUGAAAAAAAAUACUUUUCCAAAGACUCAUGCUGUUGAUAGCCAACCUCUGAUGACAUUACUUCCCGGGGGUCACUCUUCUGUGUACUUUAUGCAAUAAUUCCCAUUGCUAAGGAAUAUAUGAAGAAACAGUACCUUUUGUACCUAGGUCUCUGUGGAAGACAAACUGGAAUCAGAAAACUGUGACUUUUUUUUUCAUGUUUUUUUUUUUUUACUGUUAAUCUUAGUUAAUGAAACUCCUUUUGAGAAUAAAUAAAAACAAUGGCCACAGCAAAGUAUAAUGGUUUUUAGUAGUAUAGUGCCUAUGUUCAUUUGAUCAGAGGUACUCACUGCUGCCUUUAUAAAAAACAGCCUAUUUAUUGAAAACAUGAGAUGGGAUGUUGUGCCUUAACCAAUGUUAUUUUGUGAUUUUUAAAAUAUAUUUAAUACCGCUCUUCUGCUCUAGUACCACUUAGUACAAAUGGCUACUUCUAUAUACAAUGGCUACUUGUUCUUAUUUUAAUAAAUUUUUCAAAAUGAG